AUGGGACUAUUGGUUGCUGGUACUCCAUUGCCAUGGUACGAAGCAAGAAAUUAUUCAGAUCAUAUUAGAAAUGAAGGGAUUGAACAACUGUUGCAAGUAUUCAAAUUCACCUCAAAGAGAGAUAAUGAUCCGUUGCUAUGGGGUGAUGAGCUAGAAUAUAUGAUGAUCGAAUUGGACCCAUUGAAUCAAAAUGCCAUGGUUGAUGUCAAGCAUGAUAAUAUUAUCACUCAAUUGAAUACCACAGAUAGUUACCUAUGUGAAAAAUAUGAUGUGGAAUUUCAUCCUGAAUAUGGGAGGUAUAUGUUGGAAGCCACCCCUAGAUCACCUUAUAUUGGUUUAAAGUUUGAUCAAGGUUUUGUAGAAAAUAAUAUGAAAUUAAGAAGAUUAAUUGCUAAUGAUUUAUUAUCUAAAUAUAACGCUAAUAUCGAUAAUGAUGAUGAUGAUGAUGAUAAUAAUAAUAAUAAUAAUAAUAAUAAUAAUAAUAAUAAUAAUAAUAAUAAUAAUAAUAACAGUAAUAACAGUAAUGAUUCAGAUAAUGGUGGAAAUACACAGCUUAAUGAUAAUGAUAGAAGGAGGAUACAGAGGAGGAGGAGAAAGAAGAAGAGAUUUAUCACUUUAUCUUUAACCUCCUUUCCAAGGUUAGGUUCAGAUCAAUUCAUUAAUAUAUCGAAUCCAUGGAAUCACAAAAAUUGGGCAUCAAGGUCUCUGUUUUUACCUGAUGAAGUUAUCAAUAGGCAUGCAAGGUUUCCAACUCUAACUGCUAAUAUUAGGGAAAGACGUGGUGAAAAAGUUUCCAUUAAUAUUCCAAUGUAUAAAGAUGUAAAUACUCCCGACCAUGAUACUACAGUAUACAAAAGAAAUUGGUUCAUACCAGAAGACUUAGAAUCUAUCCAUGCGUCUAGACCUGGACAUAUUUAUCUAGAUGCUAUGGGGUUCGGGAUGGGUUGUUCUUGUUUACAAAUGACUUACCAGGCACCUAACAUUGAAAGAGCAAGGUUUCUUUACGAUUCUUUAGUCAAUUUUGCUCCUAUUAUGUUGAGUUUGUCUGCUGCAGCGCCAGCCUUUAAAGGUUGGUUAGCAGAUCAGGAUGUUAGAUGGAAUGUUAUAGCUGGUUCUGUCGAUUGUCGUACUCCUUUCGAACGUGGUAUGGAUCCGGUAUUACCUAAAUAUAACCCUGAUGGCAAGGGUGGUGUCACAGAUCAAGCUAAACAUUCUUUGCAAAGUAUACCGAAAUCCAGGUACAGUGUGGUUGAUCUGUAUCUUGGUGGUCAUAAUAAAUUCUUCAAUAGACUCUAUAAUGAUACUUACGUUCCCAUCAAUGAUAAGGUUUUAAAAAGGUUACUGGAAAAUAAUAUUGCUCCUUUAGAUUACGAUUUGGCUAAACAUUUUGCUCACUUAUCCAUAAGAGACUCGAUAUCGAUCUUUGAAGAAAGCAUUAUUCAAGAUCGUGAAACUUCUACUAAUCAUUUUGAAAAUAUUCAAUCAACAAACUGGCAAACUCUAAGGUUUAAACCACCAACACAAAAAUCUACUCCAAAUAAUAAAAAUGCACUUGGUUGGAGAGUAGAAUUUAGACCAUUGGAAGUCCAAUUAACAGAAUUCGAAAAUGCUGCACAUUCUAUAUUCAUGUAUCUUAUUGUGGAAUCCAUCUUGAUGUCGUAUGAUAAAUUGAAUCCAUAUUUAAGUAUGUCGAAAGUUUGGGAAAAUAUGGACAUUGCUUAUAGAAGAGAUUCUGUGUUUAAUGACAAAUUUCAUUGGAAGAUGAGAUUUGACACAGAUGACGGUAAAACUAAUCUAUUUACUAUUGAUGAAAUCUUCCACAAUAAAAUUAAUGGUAUCUUUGAAGUAUUUAUCAAUCCAGUAUUGAAAGAAAAAAAAUGGAUUCAACAUUCUUGGCAGGAAUUGAAACAAUCAAAAACACAUGACAGAUUCUACUAUUAUUUAAAACUUAUAUCAGAUAGAGCAAGUGGUAAAUUACGUACGACUGCACACUUUUUCCGUGAUUUCAUAAUUUCGCAUCAGGACUACAAACAAGAUUCAAGGGUCACCAAGUUGAUAAAUUAUGAUUUGAUUCUUCUUUCUGAAAGAAUUACUGAUUUGGAUGAUUCUCAAGGUGAUUUAACUAAAUUUUUUGGUGAGGAAAUCACAACAUUUUUAUUAGAAAACCCUAUAUAG